CACCAAGAAAAUGGCGCCGACGCGUAGGUUAGGUUAAUUAAUGUGUGUUACUUAAGCCACAUCUGUGCUUGAGCCGGUUGAUUUGUGUCUCGUCCUGUGGUCUCGUCACUGUCUUGCAUUUAAAGCAGUCGUUAUAAUAUGCCNAACAAUUGCUGUAUUNCAAGUUGUAAAAAUACCAAUCUAAAUGGUUUUCAUUUAUUCAGAUUUCCUUUGAGUCAACCAGAAAGAUUAAAAAUGUGGAUCGACGCAAUUGGAAGGAAAGAUUUUCAACCAACCAAGACUCAUCGUGUUUGCAGUGCGCAUUUUAAAGCUGAGGAUUAUAUGGAUAGACCGGAGACAAGCAAUGUACGCUUGAAAAAUUUUGCCGUACCAUCUAUAUUUUCAAAGAUCCCUGCUCCAGCACCCACUUCAGCAAUUGUUGAAUGUGCAUCAAAUUCAACUGCAACCAAAUGUAACAAAAGUGAAACAAAUUCAUCGUCUAUAAAAGCAUGGAGGANUAUAUUGAAGCCAAAUGUUGAUGAAUUGAGAUUAUCACCCCAUACCGAUUCUACGAGUUCAACUACAUGUACAGAGAUAUAUCCUCCAAUCAUAUUGCCCGAGAGUUCAACAGCAAGUAACACUAACGCACUUCAUGACACAAGUACAAGUACAAAAAAACGGAAUAUAAUGGAUCACUCAACAGUUUAUAUCAAGAAGCAGAAAAUGUCUCCAAGAAAACAACGAAUGCAGAGAACAAUUAAAACAUUGUUGCAGAAAGUAUCACGAAAAGACAAAAAGAUCCGUUCAUUAGAAAGUCUACUGGAAACAUUACGAGAGAAGAAUCUAAUUGAAAGUGAUCCAAGCAAGAUUAUCAAUAACACUUUUGGUGGAAGCAUUGGCGAACUGUUCCAGAACGAAUGGAAAAAUACAAAACGAAGUCNGAAAGGUUGCCGAUACAGCGACGAAAUUAAGAAGUUUGCAGUGACUCUGCAUUAUUACUCACCGAAGGCUUAUAGCUAUUGCAGAUCGAUUCUACAUUUGCCGCAUGAAAGCAGCAUAAGAAAUUGGUUAUCAUCAGUUAAUGCAGAUGUAAGAAAUCCUGUAAGUAAACGGCACAAAUUAUCAAAAUUAAUACUUUUUAAUAAUACUUAAAUGUAAAAUUAAUUGUACUGUUGCCAUGUUAUU